CAUAAAAACGUCCCCAGCAAUAAUUAGUGUAGUCUAUAAUUUUCCCAUGCCGAACUUUUAAGUAAAAUUUACAUUUUAUGUAACGCAAACAAAUUAAAAGAAUUUAAAAGUAUUACUUUAAAAUGUCCUCGAUUAUUGUGGCAAGAGCCCUGGCUCCAGCUAUUCACCGUAGUUUAAAGCAAUUAAUACACAAUGGAAAUAUUUCUAAACUACACAACUGCGCGAGGACAUUACAAAUUGUUUUGCCUCAAGGCAAUCAAAAAAGACUUUACUCCGAAAAAAAGGUAUUCGAACGUACGAAACCCCAUUGCAAUGUAGGCACCAUUGGGCACGUGGAUCACGGUAAAACUACGCUCACUGCAGCGAUAACAAAAGUCCUAGCAGACGCGAAACUAGCCAAAGCUAGGAAAUAUCAAGAUAUCGAUAAUGCGCCAGAAGAAAAAGCUAGGGGUAUUACUAUAAAUGUGGCACACAUCGAAUAUCAGACUGAAAAUAGGCAUUAUGGGCAUACUGAUUGCCCUGGUCAUGCAGAUUAUAUUAAAAACAUGAUCACAGGAGCAGCUCAGAUGGACGGUGCGAUCAUGGUCGUCGCGGCCACUGACGGCGUUAUGCCACAAACUAGAGAGCAUUUAUUGCUAGCGAAACAAAUUGGUGUGAAGCAUUUAGUUGUAUUCAUUAACAAAGUUGAUGCUGCCGACAAAGAAAUGGUAGAACUAGUUGAAAUGGAAGUAAGGGAACUGCUUUCGGAAAUGGGUUUUGACGGUGACAACAUCCCCAUUAUAUGCGGUUCAGCACUCUGUGCUUUGGAAGGCAAAAAUCCUGAAAUUGGUAGAGAUGCUAUCCUAAAAUUGUUGCAAGAAGUGGAUAACUACAUUCCUACUCCCGUAAGAGAACUGGACAAACCGUUUUUGUUGCCAGUUGAGCACACGUAUUCUAUUGCUGGACGAGGUACAGUGGUUACUGGACGGUUGGAGAGGGGUGUGCUUAAAAAGGGGGCCGAAUGUGAAUUUGUAGGUUACAAUAAAGUACUAAAGAGUACUGUCACAGGGGUGGAAAUGUUCCAUCAAAUUUUGGAAGAAGCUCAAGCUGGAGAUCAGUUGGGAGCUUUAGUAAGGGGGCUGAAGAGGGACGACGUUAAGAGAGGUAUGGUAAUGGCCAAACCCGGUACGGUAAAGAGCUACGAUCAAGUAGAAUCCCAAGUUUACAUUCUCAGCAAGGAAGAGGGUGGACGACCAAAGCCCUUCACGUCUUACAUCCAACUUCAAAUGUUCUGCCGAACGUGGGAUUGUCCCGCUCAAGUGAUAGUACCAGACAAGGAGAUGGUAAUGCCCGGUGAAGAUUCCAAGUUGAUACUGAAGAUGUUGAGGCCUAUGGUGCUAGAGGAAGGUCAGAGGUUUACUCUUAGGGACGGUUCCCAAACUCUAGGAACUGGCGUUGUUACGAAAACUUUGCCGAUGCUUACCGAGCAGGAGAGACAAUCACUGACGGAGGGUAAAAAAGCUAGGGAGAAGAAAGCGAAGAGUACGAAUUAAUUUUUAUUUUUAGCUGUAACUUAGAUGUAUGUUCACUUUUACUAUUCAAACAGUUUAAGUAUAAGCAAAUCUCUUGAAACUAGUUUUUUCCUAAGCUCGGAACCGAUUUCAGUAACGUUUUGUAUGAUAUUUAAAUAAAUUAGAAGUAUGUUUUAAAUAUACUGUACGAUGUUGCAUUUGUGAUUUAAUUUAAUAAAAAAUUGCAAGGC